AAUAGAGUUUUCGAGAGCGGUAAAACCACAACUACUCCCUCACACCGAGACCUCGUGAUCAUGGCGACGACGCAACCCCCACGCGUGUUUGGCGUCGACUUCGGUGCGCAACGAUGUGUCGUAGCUGAGAGCAACGGCGACGUAGUGCUCAACGAGCUUGGUGCUAUGACCACCGCCACUCUGGUAUCCUUUAAGGGCGAGGAGCGUCUUGUGGGCGAGUCGGCCGUGCUCUCAUCCAGCACGAACCCUCGCAACACCGUUAGCUUCUUGUCUGGCCUUGUAGGCAAGCACCAACUGGCGGACGUGCAGCGCCAACUUGAGCGACUACCCGGUCACCAGCCCACCUUUGAAGUGGACGAAGCUGGCCGUGUAGUGGCUACAGUGGACUACGGCAAGGACAAUAAUAAGACGCAGUUCACUGUAGAACAGCUCACUGGUAUGCUGUUCGCCAAUCUGGCCACGCAGAUGAAGAAGCGCUUCCAGGACGAGCCUUUCCAUGUGACGUUGGCUGUACCAUCAGUAUGGGGCGACGAAGAGAAGCGUGCGGUCCGUGUGGCUGCCACAAUCGCUAGUAUUCCCAGCUUGUCAAUCAUCUCGCGCGAUGCAGCAUUGGCUCGUUGCUUCCACUGCAAACAUCCCGUUGCGGCUCCCACUGACGGAGAUGUCCCCAUGGAGACGGCUCGACACAUUGCAAUUGUCGAUAUGGGCCACACCAGCACCAGUGUAGCGGUAGUGAAGCUUACUCGUGAAGGUGAGACGCUGCUAGCGACGGAAGCUGAUGUGGAUCUUGGCGCCGAGACACUUGAUCGUCGCCUAUUUGAACAUUUCCAGAAGGAAGUUGAGACGAAGCAUCAGUUGAGCGUGUCAUUCCACUCGAAGGGAGGCAAGCGUCUGUUCCAGGCUUGCGAGAAGCUCAAAAAGCUGCUGUCUACUAUCGGAGAGGCCAGCGUGACCGUGGAGAACCUUGCUCCUGAGAAAGAUAUCAACAUCUCCAUCUCUCGCAAUGUAUUCGAGGAGUUGUGUGCUUCUGAACGGGCUCGUGUGACUGAGAUGCUGCAAAAAGCUCUGGAAACAGCCAAAGACAGUGUUUCCAGUGCUGACAUCGCGUCGGUGGAGAUCGUGGGCGGUGGCACUCGUAUCCCGUUCGUGCAGGAGGCUAUUAUCGCCGCUUUCCCUGCUGAUCAGCAGCGCAACAACGCACUUAUCGGUCGUAUGCUCGAUUCUACCACAGCCAUCGCUCUCGGUGCCGCGUUUUCGAGCGAGGCAGUCACGACACCUGUAGACGCUGAAGAGGACGCAGACGCGGCUCGCUAUGUGGCGUUGGAGCAGGAAUUCCAGGCGCGUGAUGCCGAACUGACUGCUAUCGCUCACGAGCGUAAUGCCAUCGAGGCUUUUGUGUACGAGAUGCGCUCCAAGAGCAGCGGCAAGCACGGAGAUAAACUCGAUACUUCCAAGCUGAACCCGCUCUUAGAUGCUGCGGAGGACUGGAUCUACUCGGAGGAGUCUGAGACUGCCACACUGGACUUGAUUCGCACAAAGCAUCAGUCGAUUGAGACGGAGAUUCGCGCUGCUUGUGAGGCUUAUUUCUCGGCUGUUGAGGCUGAUGAACGUGCGUUGGAGCAGCAGCUUGAAUUGGAGUCGCAGAAAGCCGAGGCGGAGCGUCAGGCUGAGGGAGACGAAGACCACGACACGCGUAAACUAAAGAAACCCGAGCGUAUGCGUAUGGUGGUGAAGAACAAAGAGGAAGGCAACGAGCUUUUCCGUGACGGCAACCACAAACACGCCGCUGCUCGCUACGUGAAGGCUUUGACCCAUGCGUCCAAGUUCUUCGAUCUCACCGAGGCGGACAAGGAGGAGGUGAGCGCGAUCAAGCUCAGUCUGUACCUGAAUCUGGCGCAGUGUUACCUCAAGAUGGAAAAUUACACUAAAACAGUGGCAAACUGCAACGAAGCGCUGGCUCUGGACGCCAAGAGCGUCAAGGCUCUCUACCGUCGCGCUGUGGCGUACGAGAAGGAGAACAAGCUCGAGCAGGCGGCUGACGACGUCAAGGCCGCGCUGGCCCUCGCACCGCAAGACCGCGCCGUCGUCAAGCUCGAUGAACGUCUCAAGUUGCGUCUGCGCCGCCAGCUUGACAAGGAAAAGAAAAUGUGGAGCAAGGCAUUUGCAUGAACAAUCGUCGCGAAAAACACAUGCAAAUAGAGACGAUGAAUGGAUGUGGAUAAAAUUGCAAUCAUUUUUUCCUAACAACACGGAAACGCACAGUGGCAAAACACAAACUGCAACUUUUUGCGUAGUUUGUUGCUGCCUUCUCUCGCAGUGGUGUUCACAACACGCGCCCCAUUCAUUCAGGUCGUCACUGUUGCUUUGCUGCUGUGCUUUUCCUUCAUUUGUCGAGAACUUCCCGACUCGCACUGACUAAUAUCUUCAGUGCGCUUGUAUCUUCAUCCCUUCAGCUCAGAAGGGCAAUCUGUCACGUCUUACUGGUUGUCUGGAGCUGUGCAUCUGUUGAUCCACUUGCGUCGUCGCACCAUGGCUAAUGUGAAGGGGUCCUUCUGCCAAGGUCCGGAGAAGGACGGCGCAUAGAUCCAGCCAUUGUCGUCUCCCUGCGAGACAUCGAGUGUCCAUCCUUCGGCCUUGAGAUGACUUGGCACCUUGGGCGCGACUUCCUCAAAGGCGUUAGACGAGAUAUUAGCGUCCGUGACGGAGCUCCAUCGCUUGCGUUCGGUCGAGCCGGAAAUGUGCGUGUCUGUGGUCCACUUCUUGACAAUGUGGUAGCGCUGGUUCUCCCAGAGCUCGAGUAUCUGAUCCACUUGCUCGUUCGGAGUCACUUUGAUCUCUAGGAAGAGCACAGAUUUGCGUUUCUGCUUGUCGUAGUCAGGAGGCACCUCUAGCUCGUAAGACACGACUUCGGACUGCUUCUUCUCGAGGAACGGGGCCAGUGCAAGGUUGGCGUUGCCAAUGCAGUCGUCCUUCAUGAAGCGAUCGUAGUCCAUCACGUGCACCUCGAGGCAUUUCUCCUUGGGGCGGUCUACUUGAAACUGGAAGGUCUCGGCCGGGUCCCAACGCGGGUUGAGGCUGCUGGGCACCACGGAGCUUUUCUGGCUCACGCGCCCCACUUUGAAUACCACGUACGGGUCGCUCUUGCCGCCCAUGCCCAUGAAGCCGAAGUCGCUGGCCGCCAGGUCACCCGCGCGCACCAGCGUCACCUGCAGCGUGUGCAUGCCGCUCAUGAUCUACUGUCUAUUCCGCUGUCUUCCAGAUCCGGAGUGCGACUGACAGUGUGCGUUGUGGUGUGGCAUGGUAUGUUGCCUUCUCGUAAGAAAACGGUAUACUCGCAUGUCGGAUACCGUUGCUUCGUCGUAAGUAGACAGUAUACGUACGUGCAGAUAAUGCUAAACGAUUGGUCUGAAACGAAGGUCGUAGGGACUGGUGAUUCGCUACAAAAACGGACAGUGGAAUUUAAAGG